AUGAAAGAGAAAACACGACCAUCACCUGGAAAAUCUAUCAGUCCGAGAGGUAGCAGAGACAGACAGUUGAAGCUAAAAGAGAAGAGAACUGUCCUUUACUUUGACGAAAGUGAUAACAUUCAGCCAAGAAACUUAUCUAACAAUUAUAACACGUUCCGAGCAAAACUUGACACUAAGACAGUAGAUCCAACAAGCUACUCGGUUAGGAUCUCUCAAGAUAGUGAAGAUUCUAAAAGUAGGGAGAUGAGUGAGGCAGCUGUUUGCAAUGGAUAUGAUCAACAGGAGACUAUCUCAAAAACAGAAACUACGAUCACUCCAAGCUUGUCAAGUUCAAGGGCAAAAACAUGGUCUGAGGAGCAAGAGCAUGUUUCUCCGGAGCAUGCUAGUCGAUUUGACGAGGGUGAUACGAAGAAUAACAAGACAAAAGAGCUUGAGGUGUUGAGCAGUCCACUGGACCAUGAGGAAGCAGAUAUAGUGGAAUGUAUCUCCGCAAAAUCUAGCAGAAUGACAUUGUCUGAUGGAAGAUUCAACGAUAAAACACGAUCCUUCGAUGAAGAAAGCACUUCAUCUAAUUCACACGAGUGUAGAGAAGUUGCUAUUGACUUCUUGUCAACUGAAAGCGAUGGUUCACUUCUACACAAACACGAGUUAGAAAAGAAAGCAACCGCAGUUUAUGACACCAAACAGGAUAAGAAAGACUCUCUUCGAGCACUGGAUGAUAAGGUUUCACAGCUCAAGUCACUAGCUGCAUUAGCUAAUAAGGAGGACAAAGACGACUGGGGUAAUGCUACUGAACAAAGAGCUGAAGCUUUAGAGUCUCUUUUGGGGGUUUGUGCGCGACUACUUAAGCAGGAAAAAAUAGAUGAGCUUGCUGGUGUUCUGAAACCAUUCGGGGAUGAUGGAAUGUCGUCUAGAGAAAUAGUAAUCUGGUUGACAAAAAGUCUCAUGACUGCACAAAAGUUGUCCAAGGGGUCGUGA